AUGAUAAACACUGCUACUGGUUCUACCACUUCAACAACUAAUAACGCCUCAUUACAGGUUUAUGCAGGUGAUGAAAUUACCUCAGUCAUUAUAGACCCUGGAUCUUAUACAACAAAUAUCGGCAUUUCAGGAUUGGAUUAUCCCCAAAUUCAAACCCCAUCAUCUUAUGGCAUACAAUCAGAGGAAGAAUCAGACACAGGUAGCAUUACAGACAAAAAAAAGAAUGACAAUAGCAGGAAGUUUUUCAACGAGCAAUCUCUACUAUUUCCCAGAAAAGAUUAUGAAAUAAAUAGAGUAGUUGAAAAUGGAAUGAUUCUUAAUUGGGAUGUGGCCGAAGAACAAUGGUCUUAUUUUCUAGAAAAAGAGUUAUAUUUACCUUCGACAAAAGGGGUUCCCUGCUUUCUAAGCGAACCAAUAUGGAAUACAGAAGAUAAUAGGAAAAAAAGUUUGGAGGUUUUAUUGGAAAGUAUGCAAUUCGAGGCUAUGUUUCUAGCACCGACACCUACUUGUUUAUCUUUUGCCAUGGGUAGAGCUAAUUGUUUGGUGGUUGAUAUUGGCCAUGACUGUUGUAGUGCUAGUCCCGUCCUUGAUGGUUUAACCCUAUCAAAGAGUACCAGGAGAAACUUUUUUGCUGGUAACUUUUUAAAUGAGCUUUUAAAGGAAAAAAUCAUCGAUAAAUGCCAAAAUUCAACUAAAAUAAAAGACUUGAUACCUUUAUUUAAAAUUAAACAAAAAUCACCAGAAUUAAUACUUAAAAAAUUUGAUUUUGAUAUUCAUCCUUCUUUGGUUAACUAUGGUAAUGAACGUGGGUUUCUGCAGGAAUGUAAAGAGACUCUAUUACAAGCUGUGCCUGGGUUAAAAAAUGAUUUACCAUUGACAGCUUCAAGAUUAAUUGAAUCGCCAUGGGGCGAAACUAUUGAAUUUACUAAUGAAGAAAGAUAUGAAUUGCCCAACCAACUAUUCGAUCCAACAACCAUUCCUGCAAAUUGGCCAAUUGAUGCAAAUGGAGUUGUAGAAACUUGGCAUAAUGAUUAUAUUCCAUUAAAAAGGAAUAAUAAUAAACAACAAAAUACAGAAACUCAAGAUGAUACAGCUACUCCAGCACCAGAUACAGACUCAACCUUGCCUUCAGCAACAACGGCUGCUAGAAAUAAUGGAGAUGAGCGGAUUAACGACAUCUCGGGUUUAGUUGAUAUCGUAUAUGCCUCAAUCAUGGAUUGUGAUGUGGAUGUUAGAGGAACUUUGGCCCAUAAUAUUGUCGUCACCGGUGGUACCUCUUAUAUACCGGGCCUUGUCGAUAAAUUACAAACUGAGUUGAGUAAGAAACUUCCAGCUUUGAAACUAAGAACGUUAACUUCAGGUACUUUAAAUGAGAGAGUAUAUCAAUCCUGGUUGGGUGGUAGUAUCUUGACAAGUUUAGGCACUUUUCAUCAAUUAUGGGUUGGUAAAGAGGAAUAUAAUGAAGUUGGGGCCGAUAGAUUAUUAAAGACAAGAUUUAGAUAA